GACCGGGUCCGUCCGAGGGGAAAGCGAGGGAAGAGGAGCAGAGAACAGCAGAGGAGGAGGAGGAGGGGGGCUCUAGUGUUUCACAUCAGAGGAGCCAGCAGGAGGAGAAAAAAAAACGGCCUGGAAGCGAGGACAAGGUGUCGGAUAGCAGGAAAAAACACAGAGGGGGAAAGAAAACUGAAGAGGCGCGACUCUUGUGUCGGAAAAUGGAGCUACCCGCCGCGGGAGAGCACGUCUUUGCGGUGGAGAGCAUCGAGAAGAAGCGCAGCAGGAAGGGGAGGUUCGAGUACCUGGUCAAGUGGCGCGGAUGGUCUCCAAAGUACAACACGUGGGAACCAGAGGAAAACAUCCUGGACCCGAGACUGCUGGAUGCUUUCCAAGACAGGGAACGCCAAGAGCAGCUGAUGGGAUACCGCAAGAGAGGACCCAAGCCCAAACACCUCCUGGUCCAGGUCCCGUCUUUUGCUCGGAGGUCCAGCAUCCUGGCGGACCUGCACGAGGCGUCCCUGGACGAGGACAGCUGCCAGAAGUCCAGCCCGAUCCAGAUGCUGCGUCCCCAGAGCCAGCAGUACCAGCUCAACAGCAAGAAGCACCACCAGUACCAGCCGCUGUGCCGGGAGCGUGAGGCGGAGCAGCAGCACGGCAAGAAGUUCUACUACCAGCUCAACAGCAAGAAGCACCACCACUACCAGCCGGACCUCAAGGGCCACGAGCCCAUAUUCGCCAAACCCCGAGAGGUUAGCAAAGCUCCAGAGCUAGCUAACAAGGGCUACAGCCUCCCGCCGGUGCUGCAGCAGAAGUGGAUCCGGGACAAGGACUCCGGCUGCCUGACCAAAGUCAAAGACAUCACCAUGGAGCUGAAGAAGCUGCCUGCAGACCUCAAAGAGCCGGAGAAGGUCCAACCCAAAGAGGACGCUCCGCCGCAGCCCAACGGCGUCAGCAACGGAAAGCUAAAGAUCGUCAAGAACAAGAACAAGAACGGGAGGAUCGUUAUCGUCAUGAGCAAGUACAUGGAGAACGGCAUGAAGGCGGCUAAGAUUAAAAACGGGGAUUCUCCGAACACAGAGAACCCCGAAAACAGUCCGGAGAACCACCUGGAGAAGAUGAAACUGGUGAAGAAGCUCGGCCUCAUGAACGGAUUUGCGAAUAAAAACCCCAAAGACAAAGUCCCCGCUUCUGGAUUUAACGGCCUUUGCACGAAAGAAAAGGAACAGUCGGCCAAAUCGGAGCCGACUGUGACGGAACAGGAUCAGCGUGUCGGGGUCAGGGGUCACGGGCAGCUCCCAGCGGAUCAGCCUUUACAAUUGACAACCAAGACUAAUCUCCCGUCCCCGCUGGACAAAAGAGGACAAGAAGGUGGAUUUCAAGGACUGAAGCGACACCUUUCUGAGGCGGACAGCGGACAGGAACACGGGAGCGCUAAAAGGUUUCUGAGCUGCAGGAGUAUCAGCGCUCCGGACGCCGUUUCUUCACCUCCACAAACCCAGAACAUCAGCCAAGACCAAAACGGACUCCAGAGUCUCAUUGGACCCUAUGCGGACCAGGAGGAACCUAUUGACUUGAGCACCAGGCCGAAAGCUGUCCAACCUGAAACAAACACACAAGAUCAGACUGAAACACAAACACAGGAUGUAACGGACACACAGACAGAAACACAAACAUCUCCAGAGGACGACCAAGGAGUCAAACUGUCCGUCUCUAAGAGGAAAGAGGAAACUUUUCCCUCUUUCCAGCCGUUCUUGGGGAAUAUAGUGAUCACAGAUAUUACGACGAACUGCCUCACCGUCACCUUUAAGGAAUACAUCACCGUGUGACUGGACCCGCCUCCAGCUGUAUAAAUGUAUAGGAGAUAUAUUUGUAUUUUUUCGGAUGCUUGAAUGUACAAAGGGACCCUGGAUGUUGUUUUCAUUUUGUAUAGUUCCCCCUUUUUUUUUUUUUUUUUAAAGAUCCUUUAUUGCGUUAUUUGCAUAUUUCUUCUUAUAAGCUCUUUGUUAAUAUUGCUGGAGAUUUUUUUUAUCACAUGCAGUUAUCUAAUUUCAGCUUUUUCAAACUUUUAGGCUCCGUUUACAUGAUGGAGGUGUGAACAGAAGACGCAAAAAGAAGUGGCGUCUUCUGUUCACACCUCCACCUGCGUCUUCGCUUUUUAUUCCUGGUUUAUUCGAGUGUUUCCAGGAGGAAAUCUGCUGAUACGGUGAUCUAAAGUGUGUGAAUGUGAUUGUGUAUGCAGCCAGGCGGCAUCACUUAAAGCCAUAAGAGCAUCUUUGGCCAUGUGGAAGUUUUCAUCAGCUACUCCUUCCACAAAGUUCUCCUCCAUCACUAGAUCUCCCAGGUCUCCUCCAAAGCCGUCUGGCUCCUCCCACCAAUCGCUGCAUCCAGAAUGUGAUGGAGGUAAUUCCAGAUCCUUCUCUGUUCACUAAUACUAUCUGUACAUAUCCUGGACAUUUGGUGGAAAGACUCCUGUAAGUUUAUUAGAGCUGCCAGAGCAGCUUCUUUAUUUCCUGUACUGGAGCAUGGAUGGGACAAAAAAGACACAAAAUUAUGACAAAAAAGACACAGAAUUAUGACAUAAGACACACAUUAUGACCAAAAAGACACAAAUUAUGAC